CGAAGACUCCCCGGCGGCCAUCUUAGUCGUACCAACGGCUGCCACUGCACAUCGGGAGGUGUCCGAUCUGUGGGUUGUACUUCUGUGGGGUCAACUCUCUCACUCAAACUACCUUCAAAGAGCGGUUAGUGGUAACGAAAGCUAUUGUGAGUGCCUGCUUGGACCACCCAGCAUCCCAGGAUGGACUCGGAAAUUUUGAACAUAGAGGAGAUAGUGUUGGGACGGGGCUUGCCGGAUCCCCCUCCUGAAGUUCCCCCCGAAAAACCAGCAGAACCGUACAAACCCAUCAGUUUGAAUGGACCUCCAACAACCACUGUUCAGCCCUACCAGCAUGAAAAUCUGCAGUGUUUCCAGUGCUUCAUCACAUUCUGCAGUGCCAAAGCCAAGGAAAGGCACAUGAAGAAGAGUCACAGGGAAGAAUAUAAGCAACAGCUUCAGCAGGGUAACACACUGUUCACAUGCUAUGUGUGCGACCGCACAUUUCUGUCAUCUGAGGAACUGACACAGCACCAGCCAACACACAGCAAGGAUGACAAGCCCUUCAAAUGCGUUCACUGCAAGGAGAGCUUUAAGACGUUCUCUGAACUCACAGCUCAUAGAAGACAGGUCUGUCCAGAGAAGCAGAUGGUAUGCAAAGAUUGCAACGAAACCUUCCGGAGUGCCGGACUGCUGCGUGCUCAUCGCCUGACCCAGCAUCCUCGUCCAGAUGUAGAGAUUGCAGAGCAGCUGGAGGACCCGACAAAAACCCAUCGCUGUAAGAAGUGCGGUCAGGGAUUUGAAGCCGAAUCCGAGCUUUUAGCGCACCAGGAGAAGUACCCUGAAGGUCAGCAAUGCAACGGCAGCACUUCAUCCAUCAAGAAACGCGGACGGCCAGCCAAAGCCGAAGACUCGGCAGCAGCUGCUGAGAAGAAGGGAAAGCGGAAAAAGAAAGAUGAGGCCGAGACAUCUGAGGAGGCAGCGAAGGCCAGCAGCGCUUCAGAGUCAGCAGCAUCCCCAGCAGAAGAAAAAGGCAAAGCAGGCGGAGUGAAGCGCGGCCGUCCUUCUAAAGCGGCGUCAAAAUUGGAUACAGAAGAGAAGAAAAGUCCUGAAGAUGACAGCGAAGCUCUAGACAAGGAGAAGAAACCUAAAGUGGAUUCGGCUCCGGCCCGUCAGCACCCCUGUUCUGAAUGUGACCUCACAUUCCCCAGCUUGAUUCAGCUUCGCAAUCACAAGAAGGAGAAACACGCCCCGCGGAAAGCUCAUCCCUGUGAAGAAUGUGAAGAGAGCUUCGCCCGUCCUGAGCAGCUGGACGCCCACAUGUCGCGGGCUCACGCCGUCGGCCGCUUCGCCUGUCCAACCUGCGGGAAGAGCUUUGGCCGUGAGCGCACCCUCAAAGCUCACCAGAAAAGCCACCCGGAGGAAAAGCCUGAAAACCCAAGUGCAAGGAGAUAAUUGAGAUGCGGGGACUUUGCAGAAAGUUUAUGGUUUUUGAAGAUUUUAGUCAUGAAUUGUCCUUUUUUUUUGUCUUUUAACCUUGGAGAUCUCAUACUCCAGCUGAUGUUCCAGAUGAAAUGAUUUGGAGAAUGACUUUUUAGCGAGUUUUGGAUUUAAAGCUAAGUUUGAUUAUGAGCUGUUGAAAUGUUGGACAAACCGAUGCAUCUCCUAAAUUGACUAACCAAAUGUUAAAUUCAUCUAUUACAGCAUUUGUCAUAAUACAUAGUUUAUUUGUAAAAAAAACAAACUGUUUUGAUUAACUUUUUAAAUGAUUUGAGAAUUUUUUUUAGUGUGAAAUGGGUUUGGUGUGAAUUUAUUACUCUGUGUCUUGAGUUCUUUAACUUUGGAUUAAACAUUUUUUAUUUUCUGUUGUUUUUUUUUUCCAAACACAUUGGAUACGUACAUCAUAUUUUGAAGUCAAUUAGUUGCCUAGUAAAGAUACUAUGUUGGGAUGUGUAGACAGUUUGUCAAAAGAAAUGUGUUAUGUACAGCUUCUGGGUCAUAUUGUGCAUUUUUACAGUUAAUGUUCUGAUUAUGUUACUUUCUAAAUUAAGUCUCAUUGAGGAAGAUUUUUAAAACAACACGAUUAAGUUUUGCUAAAACUUUUAUUUUGGCUAAGUGCUUCAGAUUCAAUGUGGAGUGUUUGGCAUGUGGGUAGAAAUGAUCCACUAUAAUCCUCAUUUGUCUUUAUGCUAAAAAUGUACUCCUUUAUUUUUCACUUAUCCAGAUAAUGAUCAUGUCUUAGACAUUUCUUAAACGGGACUUGUGGCUCUUUAAUGCCUUAGAAUCCCACAAGGAACUGUGUAUAUCAUGUGUUAUUCACUGAUUGGAUUGUUUCUCUCCCCACUGCGAUGUGUCUGGACACUGCAAAAAUGUAAUAAAUCAUGCUAUCCCGAGGGAGGCUGCUGAAGAAAUAA